AUGGACCCCUUUGUUUCUGACCCACUUAAAAAGCACUCAAGCCUACUCGGAUCUGUUUCGGUGCUUCUUUCACAGAUUCUUUCGCCAGAUCCUCUGAUAGUUGUCAAGUUCAUGGGAGUCCUCGCAAACCUUGUAAUGGAUUCCUCUGAACCCGGUGAAAGUAUUUUGGACUACUUUUGCGGACGUCAUUCCUCAAUAAGUCUAGCUGACAGCGCUAUGACCUUCACUGCUGCUUUGGUUCAACUAAUCACUGGCUACGAUGAUAUUUUGGCAUCAGCGACGUUGGAUUUUCUUCUUGCUUGUUUCUGGAGGUAG